AUGGAGGACGCCUUUCGAACCCUGCAGCCCUUUAAUCGCACCAACUCUCUCCCCAGCAGUUUGACCAAUCCUGCUUAUGACAUUGAGUUGCCCCCUGCUCUCCAGGAAACCCUCAACGCCCCACGGCAAACCUUUGGCGUUUACCCUAACGACAUCUCCCUCAGUAAUAAUGGAAAGGAACCUACCGAAGCCAGUGCCCCUCAAAAUAAUGAGGGUCCAAAAACGGAAGAGAUCUCGGUGGCACCACUCGUGAAGUCCCACUGCGCAUCACCUCCCCACUCUAUCGAUGACGUGUAUCGUGGCGGGACUCAAGUUGGUUCACCACUGCCCGUUGAUUCUGACGAGUUGGGCUUUCCCCAGCAAGGCUUUCGGACUUCUCCUCCAUCAACCGUUGCGAAGCUACAGGUUCGAGAAGUAAUGCUUCCCCACUAUCACGACGCCCAGGUUGUGCCCGAAAAGGUGGCCAGCGACAAUGACAAGCCCACGAGCAUGGAGGGUGGGAGCCCUGAGUUGCCCCUUCCAUCGGCGAAGUCGCAGCCGACUCCUGCCACUCCUUUAACAAUAGAUCAAGCUUUGAUCAAUGGCAGCGUGGAUGUGCAGAAAGAGACUGAAAAGGCGGUAAAUGGUUCAACAAACCAGCCGCAAGCUAGUAAAGAAACGACUAACGAGAGUCUUUUGCCUAUCCUCACCAGCAUGGAGUUGUGCAUCGCCUACGAUCCACAUCAAAUGGUGGAAUGGAUGGCAAAUUACCGCGACUGUCGUUCGAAUUGCCCUGUUGGUAUCGCAGAGUUCAUUAAGAAACACGGUUUUAUGGAGGACAACACCACGACGGCGAAUCUCACUGGACGAUCACAAAUACAGGCAAAGGCUACUACUCCCAGGACCCACUCUUUCAGUGGCAUCAGAGCAGCCUCCUCAUUUGGAGGUGAUGCUUUCUUUGGUGGGAAGCGGCAGGGAGACCUUGAUAACAAGGACGGACGUGUGGCUUCUCAAGGCAGCAGUUUUACCCUUAAUGCCGGCGUUUCCUCGUCUUUCGAUCAUCACAUGGGAGGGUAUAGCGGUCGCAGCGGCUCCGUCUUUGAUAAAGAGGUAAUUCCCACGGGGCAGACCGCGCUACAAGCUAUGGAGACUAUCUGGGAGGACCGUAAGGCAAUCCCUAUUGCGGUGUAUGCGCCGUUGCGGCGACGAGGUAUUUUUGGUGUAGCUUCAAAAAAAGAGAUACACCAUAUGGUGCUUUCCGUACUUAACAAGGUCACCACCGAUGCCGAAAAGUUCCAGGAGGUCAAGAAGGAGUUGUUACGUCUUCCUAUUCCCGAGGCCAAUGCGGAGCAGCUUGAUUCUAUCGUCGGUGUUUUCUUCAAGAAGGCAGUUUAUGAGCAGCACUUCUCGAGGUCGUAUGCGGAGCUGAUGGCAGCGCUGUGCAAGGUCCCUCAGGGUCAACAUAUCAUAGGAGACAAGACCCUGAGCCCUGAGUAUCGCAUGCGGCGCGCCCUACUACCAAGGUGCCAGCAGAUGUUCCUCUCAGGUGUGCAGGAAGAUGAAAAUGACAGUGCAAUAUUGAAUGAGGAUGAGCUUACGAAGAAACGGCGCGUUAUGACGGGAAACGUGCGGUUUGUCAGCGAAUUAUUUAUGUGCGAUGUCAUCCCCGAGACUAUCAUCGCCUUCAUUUUUCUGACCUGUUGCACGGGAUCGGCGGAUGGCACGUUUACCAUGCCUCCAGCACAUAUGCCAACGGAAGUGGAGAUUGAUGAGAUCAUCGCUGCCGCUGGUGUCGUUGGCGCGUCUUUCUUUGUGAAGACAAAGAAGGGACGCGACAUGCUCCCACAAUUGUUGUAUACCUUGCAGUACUGGUGCGAAUGUCACACUGUUAGCCGCUGUAGAUACCUGUUGAUGAAGGAAGUCGAAAAGCUUUCCUUAUGGAUGACUCUCUCGGGUGCGGACGUGUCUUCAGCAUCAACUGCAUCAGCUUCACAAGUACCUUCCCUUGCUGCCGGAACGUUGCAGAGCCCCACCUCAGUUUUCCGGCUACCGAGUUUGGGGCCGCAUUCUGUGAGUUCCCCCUCCAACGGUGGUGUCCUCGAGCCUGCAAACGUGUCGCCGAAGGAUAAAACUCUGGCGAGGGUGUGUGAGCCACCAAUCAAUCGGCUGAACAUCGGUCAGUCCUUGUGUAGUUCCAGCGGUGCUUUCCCCAACACUUCCGUCUCCGUGCCGCGGCCGGCAAUCGAUCAGGGUGGCAACGAGACCCCAGUGGUCAGUUCCGGGUCCAUCCCCGCCCCCCGCAGCAGCCGGAACAAGGUCGGCCUUGGCAUCUGUUCUCCGCCCACAGCCGGGGACUCUCUUUCGUUGGGAAGUACCAAUCUCCAACUGAAGCAACAACGGGUACCAACCGCGGGUCCCCAUCCCAUGCCUGUCUCCUUGCCUGCGCAAACUCACACCAAAACAGCCCCGAAGGCAGAGACGAUUGCCAAGGAUAUGGCACUACUCAAGAACGGCGUCGUGCGAAUGAGUGAUAUGCUGGAUAGCUGGCUGGCUACAUAUGACGAUAUAUUACCUAUACUCGUGAUAUGGGCCGACCGAUGCCUUUCUGUUGUACGGGAAGAAACAAAUCGCCUCAUGACAGGGGAGCUGCUGUCGCUCGUGCUGCAGCGAAAUGAAUCCCGCUACCAGCGAACACAACUGCGCGGGCUCAUCUUUGACAGCCUCGAGCGUGCGCUGAACGCACAGCUGCACGAAGACCUGAGACUCUUCAAGUUUUGGGCUCAGACAGUGCUUUCCGAUCCUAGGCGGGUCGUGCUGGACGAGGAACUUUUGGAGGGUGGGUUGGAAUACUUGUUGGAGUGUCACCCUAGCGCGGUGCGGCCCUACCUUGUCGAUGUAGGUCAAUGGUAUGGCUACGUGCAAUCGCAAGAGAAUCAUCUCAUUGCCUCGGAUGAGUCGAGUGGAUUCCUUCGAUACCGCCCACUGAUCUGUCAGGAGAUAUCUUAUGGUAACGCAAACAGUCCUACGACUAAGAAGCCACAAAUGGAGGAAUUUGCUGAUGUGCGGCGUAAUAACCUUGAGUUUGACAUAUACUAUACCCUUAUCCACGGGUCGCCGCCAAAUAUUGAAAGUCUAUUUGAGAAGUUGCGCACAUCACCACGUUUACGCAAUGACUACACGUUGGCGGCCGAGGUCCUUAGUUCAGUCCUUCUGGCGGAGAUAAACAGCCUAGAGAAGCGUGAUUAUUUGAAAAGCUGUAUCCCACUGCUUCAGAUCACUGUUGAUGGCCCCAAUCGCCUGGAGCGUGAGCUCGCGUUGAUCGCGGAGGUCUACGAAGUGUGCGAUGCCUUCCAGCAAAGGGCGCCACCGCAGUCGGUGCCUGCCAAGUCGCACAUCUUAGGGAAGCUGCGUUCUUCUCACGUGGUAUCCGACGAGUCACUAGAGCGUGUGCUCCGAUUCUUUGUCGAACGCGAUGAGAACGAUGUGGAGCUUUCUGACGCCGACAACGUUAGCGUGACGCGUCCUCCCAAGCAGAUUGAGCCGGCCGCCGAAGUGCCGGAGAAGCCGGCGCUGACGAACGCGCCCCAACACACUUGGGUAAGCUUCGAUCUCGCCAGCAGUUCGCCGGCGCCCCGCAAAGUUUCUUCGGCGUGUUCAGCUGGUCCUUCAAGCGACCGCCAAUUUCAUCCCCCUCACAGCAAUCAGCAGACGGAGGACGGUGGGGGUAACCGUGCUGCUUUCAACGUCGGCGGGCGCCGCGGUGGUGGUGGUGUGGUGGAGACGAUGAAUCCCUCCAUGCAUUAUAUUGCGCCGCCCCAGAUGAUGGUCCCCAGUACGAACCUCAACAAUACCUCGUGGAAGAUGUAUAUGGACACCAACCAGCACCAAGUUCAGCAGUGCUAUCGCGGUGCGGGACGCCAUAACAACGAUGCCCGUGGUUACCACCCACGGAAUCACCCCCGUGGGGGGGGCAACUACGACGAGGGUAGGGGCACGGAUGCCGGGGCAACUGGCGGUGCGAGCAACCGACGCGAACGACGUGGAGGGGGAAGAGGAGGCAGAAGCCGUGGGAAUUAG